GGAGGGCGGGGAGAAGGGGAGUUUCCGGUGCUCUUGCCAUUCGGCGUUGGGCUCUGUGGGCGAGCACUUCCGGCGGAUCGGCCGCGGGGGUCCUGAGGGGAAAGAGAAAGGGGCCGGCGGGGAGGUUUGUGCGGUGGCUUCGGAAGUAGAAGCCGUGUCGGUCCCACGGGGGGGAGAUUGGCCGACGGUGGUGCCCACCGAGUUCCACGAAGAGAGUUCCUUCCCAGGACGCGAUGUCGGAGCUGAGUGACGAAGCCAGUGAGUCGGAACUGCUGAGUCGCAGCCUGUCCAUGUGGCAUGGAAUGGGUCAGAAAGUCUGUAGCCAGGAGUUAGACAUCCCUCUGGACCUUCACACCGCAGCCUCUAUAGGGCAGUAUGAGGUGGUGAAGGACGAUAUUCUAUGUGGGGAAACAGACCUGAAUCAGCGGAACUGUGGUGGCUGGACCCCAUUAAUGUAUGCUUCCUAUAUUGGCCAUGAUACCAUCGUGCAUAUGCUACUAGAGGCUGGUGCGAAUGUGAAUUUGCCAACGCCUGAAGGGCAGACUCCACUUAUGCUGGCUGCCAGCUGUGGCAAUGAGAGUGUGGCCUCCUUCCUCCUUCAGCGAGGGGCUGAGCUGGAGAUGAAGGAUAUCCAUGGUUGGACAGCUCUUUUUCACUGCACCAGUGCUGGCCAUCAGCUAGGUAACAUUUCUGCAUACUUGAAUCUAAAUAAGAAGGAGCCCCUUUGCGGAUACACCCCUUUGAUGGAAGCAGCCGCUUCUGGCCACGAGAUCGUUGUCCAGUAUCUUCUCAACCAUGGCGUGAGAGUGGAUGUGCGGGACAACAGUGGGGCCACAGCACGGAUGCUGGCCAUGACGUACGGACACAUGAAGAUUGUGGGGCUGAUAGACCUGCAUGCAGCUCCUGUGCCCAAAGUCCUCUGCCGGGGCCCAGGAAAAUACGAAGAUUUGAGCUCGUCAGACGAGUCCUACGCAGCUCCUCAGAGGCAGAGGCCGGCUCGCAGGUCCAAAGGCCCCAGCAUCCAUGAAGGGCCCCAUGCUUUGGCCAAGAUCACGGGAGUCAAGAUUGGAGGGAAAAACCCAUCGCGCUGUGAGCAGGUCCCCCCAGAGGGUUAUGUCACCUUUAACGACGAUGGAAGCGGCUCUGAAGGAGACCUCCGUUAUCGAGACGUCACCUCUCCCAUCAACGAGCAUGACGUGGAAAGCAAUAGCAGCCGAGAAGAGAACUCCUCCUUCGCCAAUGAUUUGUCCACCAUCAGGACCAGCAGCAGCAGUAGUGAAGGCUUGGCUAAAACUGUGGGGAUCAGCAGCGAGGGCUCUCUGGAGAGCAAUGAGGAUUCAGAUAGCACCUCUAAGUUCCCUAGCCGAAAGCAUGCCAAAGGCUACGGGAAGGCAAAGAAUCGUUAUAGCAACAGUGACAGUUACUGGUCUUGCAGAUCCCGGACGUUGGGCCAGCCCUGCAGCCCCUCUAAUCCGGAGACGCCGCCUGACGCCAGUCCUCAGGAUCUUGCCACCCUCCUAGAACAGAUUGGCUGCCUGAAGUAUCUGCAGGUGUUUGAAGAGCAAGACGUGGACCUCCGCAUCUUCCUGACUCUCACAGAGAGCGACCUAAAAGAGAUCGGUAUCACCCUGUUUGGGCCAAAGAGGAAGAUGACGUCAGCCAUUGCCCGCUGGCACAGCCGUGCUCCGCCGCCCAGCGAUGCCAUAGAGCUUGCCUAUGCCGACCGCUUAGAGGCAGAAAUGCAAGAACUGGCCAUUCAGCUCCAUAAGAAGUGUGAGGAGGUGGAAGCCCUGAAGGGGCAGGCACGCCAGGAGCGGGAACUGCGUGCCGUGGUGGAGAGCUGCCUGAUGGAGCGGGAGGUGGCGUGGAGCGACGUCCAGGGGAAGCUUCGGGAGGUGCAGACCGUCGCCAGAAGCGCCGCCAUUCUCCUGGAACACAUGCAGGCCUGCCAGGCAGAGCUGUCUUCCCGAACGAAUCAACAACAUACGGCCGGCCGCUUCUUGGAAGCUAAAGCACAGCUGGGAACGGACCCAGAAAAAUGGCCUCCCAACGUGAAGGUUCUUAACCUGCCUGAAUUGUCGACUCUGCUGGAGAAAUGUGUGGGAGAAAUGGGGGAAAUGCUCCAUGCUGUCAGCCUGAAUCUUGAGAGCAUGCAGCAUCCAGAAAAGGGCAGACCACCCCGGAAGCAGCCCUAGCAGUGG